AUGCUACUUGCAUGGCUCCUGCUGGGGCGCUGCCACGCGUGGGAUACCGCGAAGCCGUCGAAAUCGGACCCAUUGUGGGACCUGACGAGCUGCAGCAUCGAAGUCCUGGAGGAGGGUGAUUGGAAGCGGCGCUUCUUGAAAGAGUUCCACUUGAAGCGUCCCGCUCUGCUGCGUUGGGGACCGGGGCCGCUGACGCGGCGCACGGAGCGCCAAGCGCUGAUGCGGGACUUCGGGCACCUGGAGGUGCGAGUGGGAAGUGGCUUCCUCUUCAACGUGCAGGGACAGCCAGACGAGGAGCUUCCCUUGGCAGACUUUAUCGGAAGCAUGCCCAGCGACAAGUAUCUUUUCGAUUUCGGCGAGUUCAUGGAGAGCAGCGGCCUGGCCAGCAACUGGACGCUGCCGCCGUUGCUGGCGGAGCUGGGCACCUACGACAACAGCUCGGUGCCUUUGCGAUUCGCCUUGGGCAGCGUGGGUCAGGGUCUCGCCUUUCACAGCCACGAGGACUCCUACCACCUCCAGCUUCACGGGCGGAAGCGCUGGGGCAUCUACGCCCCCGCGAAGAUGACACCCACGGGGGUCCUGCAGUCCGAGGACUAUGCAGCUUGGUUGAGGGGUCGGAGGACAGGGGCUGACUUCGUGCCGCCACAGUGGGAGUGCAUCACCGAGCCCGGUGAUUUGCUCUACGUGCCGGAGGGCUUCCAGCACGCCACCGCGUGCCUGGGCGACUCUGUGGCCGUGGUGCAGCACGCCCGGGCCGCGAGUCAUGGGACGGCAGUGUUCCAGCGGCGCACGGCGGUGCAGGCGAUAAAGGAAGGCCAGCAGAAGGAGGCCCUGCGGCGGGCAAAGCGCGCCUGUCAGCUGGACCCCAGCAACGCGGAGAUGUGGCUGACGCGGGGGCAGGUGCACCAGGGCAGAUCUGACUAUGCCAAGCAGAUGGCCAAAUAUCUGGAGCGGGGUUUGCGCGCAAACCCACUGUGUGCUACGAGCCGGUUCCACUUGCUGAUGGCCUACAACACCUUGGGGGAUCGGGACAAGACUCAGCGCCUCAUUGCGGAGACCCAGACUCUGGGUCCGGAACUGGUGCGGGCGGUGGAUUUGCUGGUCUCCAAACGCGCGGAGCUGUGUGCUGCCACCACUGUGGUGCUUGUGUGUCCAGAAGUCGCCUCCUGGCGCAACUUUCAGAACUUCUCAGCGUUCUUCCAAAAGCGCUUGGAGGGUGGCCAGGCUUGGCGCUCGGAAGGCGUGCGCGUCGUGGCCUUCCAUCCGGCCUACACGCGCUGCACUGCCUUGCCUGAGGUGCUGGAUGUGUCCCUGCCGGGCGGAGAGAGCAUGAAAGCACAGCCGCUGCGUUUGGCAGGCUUUGAUGCCCGUGGCGCACUGGUGGAAGUGCAGCCGCUCGCCUCGCCUGGCCAGACGCUGACAGUGCCUUUGCCGGGCGCCGGCGUACGGGACCUGCAGGAAAGCGCGUGGAAGGACCUGGCGCUGCGGGCACCCAGGCCGGCGCUGCACCUGCUGCGGCAGGCAGACCUGGACCAGGCCUUCUACGACCUGGGCGACCGCAUGUUCACGGACGCUAUCUUUGUGCGUAAUGAGCGCAUCGCUCGUGAGCUGGGCGACGACUGGGCCAAGGAGAUGCUGCUGCGCUGCGAGACUCCUGAGGUACAGGCCGGCGACGCCAGCUCCGCCAGCUCCGUCGAUGGGUGUCCCCCGCGGGUGAACCUGCAGGGCUUUGAGGUCUUUUGGUGCGAUGUGGACCACGUGACCGCCGGGCUUUUGGAGGCAGAGGGCUUGACAGUGCGCUGUUUCCAGACGCCCGAGCAGUUGCUGGAGGCAUUCCAGCAAUGGCCGAGCACGGUGCUGGGCAUUCUCACCUCGAUGAUGGAGCGCGGCGGCCGCAGGGAGCGUGGUGAGAUGAACGCCUUUGACCUCUUCUCCGCGGUGUCCAAGGUCACGCAGGCUCGGCGCCCUGCCCUGGGCCUCAUCUCCCUCUCGGCGGAUAGAGAGGCGGCAAUUGCUGCAGGCGCGGACUUCGUUGUGUAUGGAGAUCGUGUGCGGGCGCAGCAACAGCUGCUGCGUCGGAUGCAAGAGAAGCUGGGCCAAGAAAGGUUGAGCAGCUUCUGGGCGGAUGCUGCCUGGGCCGUGGACGCACGGCAUGUGGGCUGCUAUACCGGCGGUAAGGUCGCCUUCUGCGAGUCGUCCAACCUCCUAGGUUGCCUUUGUGAGGAGGAGCUUCACCUGGUGGACGCUGCCCUCAAGGUGCCGACGCGGCGGGUGUCGCAGGAAGGGGACGGGGUGCUGACCUUCGCAAUCGACCACCUGGGCCUGAAUGCCUGCACUAGCCACAGGAGUGGUCUGCUGCGGCAUUUCACCCUGGGUGAGACGAUCACCUUGGCGAGAUCAUGGAGGGGUCAUGAGCAGGUGGUGGCGGACGUGAGCUUCGACGCCACGGGGGCGCUGGUGGCCACCGGCUCGGUGGACCGCACCGCCAAGGUGUGGGACUUCCAGGGUUACUUUUGCACCCACAACUUCAAAGGCCACGCCGGCAUCGUGACUUUAGCGCGCUUUCAUCCAACAAGGCUUCAGCUCGUCACCAUUGCCGACACAGAGGCGAGGCUUUGGGACCUGGAGUCCUCCCAGUGUGUGGGCAUCAUGAAGGAUCACCUGGCGAGCAUCUCCUCGAUGUGCUUUGGCCAAGUGAAGGGCCGGCACUUCGAGCUGGUCACUUCCGGCCGGGAUCAGGUGGUGAAUGUGUGGAACAUCCAGGGUCAAUGCUCCUUGGUGCGGUCAAUCCCGGUCUUCGAAAGUGUCGAGGGCGUGGCUGCAGUUCCCUCCAAGCUCCUGCGGCAGCAGUGCAAAGAGCGCACAGUCUUCCGCGGCGCCUUCGCAGAUUGGCUCCGGCAGGCCAAAGAGCCGCCAGCCUUUGUGAUUUUCACGGUGGGCAACAAAGGCGUCAUACGAGCCUGGAACCCCUUGGAUGGAAAGUGCGUGGCCACCCACGCUUCGCCACACGCAGCCAAAGGUGAGCUGCGGCAGAUACUUAGCUUAGAUUCCGCCACUGGCACCAAGAUGGUGACCAUCGGCGAGGACUUGAACCUAAUGAUGUGGUCGCUUCCAGAGUUUGAAGUCUUCAGCCACAUCAUGGGACACAAUGAUGAGAUUGUGCAUGUCCAGCUCAUCCCGCAGAUCACUUGGCCAGAGGAAAUGGACGAUGCUGCGUCGGGGCCCGCGACUGCGGACCGCUUCGUGUGCAUCGCCAAUGACGAGCAUCCCAGGGUGGUGAACUGCGAGGGCUUCGGUGCGGCGAUGCUCCGGGGUCACAAAGAUGUGGUCAUCUCCUGCGAUGUCUCGGUGGACGGGGCCUGGAUCGCCACGGGAGGAAAGGACCAGAUCAUCCACAUUUGGAGCGCUGCCAGCUGCGAGCUGGGCAAGUGCCACGCCUCGCUGUGGCUUGAGGCUUGCACGUGCUCGGGGCAUGCAGGAGAUGUGUCCGCCCUCUCCUUCGCCAAGCGCCGGCCGCGCUCGCUCCGGGCUGCGUCGCAGCAAGAGACGCUGCCGAUGCUGCUGGUGAGCGCCAGCCAGGACAAGACGAUGAAGAUUUGGGAGAUCCCCAGUGCAAAGGAACUGGACAAGGUGCUUGGCUCUGGCACCAAAGUGAAGAAGGCCAAGGCCACCGUCAUCGCGCACUCCAAGGAGGUGAACGAUGUCCUCGUCUCGCCCAACAACAAGCUGAUUGCCACAGGCGGCCAGGACAAGCUGGUGCGCAUUUGGAGCUUCCCAGAGGGCGACCUCUUGGGAGAAUGCAAGGGCCACCGGAGGGGCGUGUGGUGUGUGGCCUUCUCGCCCAUUGAUCAAGUGGUGGCGUCCGCCUCCGGUGACACCACGAUCAGAUUGUGGAACCUGAAGGAUUUCAGGGCCAUCCGGAGCUUCCAGGGCCACGGCAGCGCUGUGCUGCGCGUGGCCUUCCUGGGCAACGGCAUGCAGCUCAUGAGCAGCGCGGUGGACGGCCUGGUGAAGCUCUGGCAUAUCAGGACUGCCGAGUGCGCCGGCACUUUCGAGGAGCACUCCAGCAAGGUCUGGUGCAUCGACAUCUGCGGUGACCGCAUGGUGUCCGGUGGUGCCGACUCCAAGAUUUGUGUUUGGCGGGACUCCACCGAGGAGAUGGAGAAGCAACGCCAAGAUGAGAAAGCUGAGCUGGCAAUCAAGGACUCCCGGAUCGCCAUGCUGGUGCGCGAGGGCAAGGUCGAGGCCGCGCUGACCUUGGCCUUGGAUCUGAAGCGCCCGGGCCAAAUGCGGCAGAUCCUGCUGGACCACACCAUGGACAUGGUGGGCAGGAGCAUGUUCUUGAAAGUUGAGCAAGAGGGACAAGAGGCCGCGGAAGCUUCGCCGGCCGCGGGGAAGCGCAAGGGCCCAAAGAAGAAUGGCAAGCGCAACAAGCUGGCUGCCGAGAACAAAGCGAAUGGCGUCAAUGGGGACGAGGCAGAGGCUGACUCCAUUGACCUGCGCAGAUGGGUGCUCAGCUUGAGUGCGGAGCAGCUCGAGCGGCUGGUGGAGCUGCUGGAGCAAUGGAACUCGAACCGCCGGAUGGCGCCGAUGGCGCAGAUGCUGUUCGCCAUGCUCCUACUCUCUGUCCCGGGCAGCAAGCUAAAGGCUAUGGAAGGCAUGAACGCCACCUGCGCCAACGUGCUGUCGUAUGCCAGCCGGCACAUGUCGCGUGUGGAUUCGCUGCUGCAGAAGACCUUCCUCUUCGACUUGAUCCUGCAGACUGGCCAGGGUUUGGCUCCCCAGGAGAGCGAGGGCGACUCCUCCGAGGCGCUGAAGCGGACCAUGGCCGUGUUGCUGGGGGAGGAGGAGGUGGAAGAUGACCAGGAAGAAGCGGAGGCAGAGGAUGAGCUUGCGGAUGAGCCUCCGGAGGAUGAUGACACCGAGGAGGAGAAGGAGACAAAGGGGCAAGCAAAGAGGAGGAAGACGCAGUGAGCGGACCUCAGGCCUGUGUGAGCAAGCUUUGUGCUCCACCUUAAGCCUCGUGCUGUGAGGGCAGGGCAACCGAGCAUCAGUUGGGGUUGGACA